GUGAACACAUCGUGUACAGUGAGGAGGGAGAUGGAAAUCUGUCUGACUUUUAUUCUUCUCUCAUCCACACUCACACUCACAGCAGCUGACAGUGUGAGGUUGGUGAAUGGUGGAAGUCACUGUGCUGGGAGAGUGGAGGUUCUUCAUGAUGGUCAGUGGGGAACAGUGUGUCAUUAUCACUGGGAUAUGAGAGAUGCUGCAGUGGUGUGUAAAGAGCUGAACUGUGGGGAGCCUGUAAAUGUGCGGUAUUCUGCUCAUUUUGGACCAGGAUCAGGACCAAUCUGGAUGGAUAAUGUGCAGUGUAGUGGAUCUGAGUCGACACUGAAGAACUGUAGUUCACAUGGGUGGGGGAAACAUUACUGUGACCAUUUGGGGGAUUCUGGAGUCACCUGCUCAGAUCAUGAAGCUGAGAAUAGUGAUGACACCAUUACAGCUGAUCGGAAGACAGUUAUACUGACAGACAGUGUGAGGUUGGUGAAUGGUGGAAGUCGCUGUGCUGGGAGAGUGGAGGUUCUUCAUGAUGGACAGUGGGGAACAGUGUGUAGUUCUGCCUGGGAUAUGAAAGAUGCCGCAGUGGUGUGUAGAGAGCUGCGCUGUGGGGAGGCUGUAGAGAUUAGUUAUUGGGCUGAGUUUGGACGAGGGUCAGGACCAAUCUGGAUAUAUGAUUUGUACUGUAGAGGAUCUGAGUUGACGCUGAACAAUUGUAGUUCAAAAGGGGGGCAUUACUGUGAUCACAGAGAAGAUGCUGGAGUCAUCUGUUCAGGUCAGAGUUUGAGACUCACUGCUGGUCCUCACCGGUGCUCUGGGAGAGUGGAGGUGUUUCAUGGAGGUUCCUGGUCCACAGUGUGUGAUGCUGACUUUGACCAGCAGGAUGCAGAGGUUGUGUGUCGAGAGCUGGACUGUGGGAUUCCUGUGGAGGUUCUGGGAUCAGCUGCUUUUGGACGAGGGGAGGGUCAGGUGUGGACAGAGGAGCUUCAGUGUAGAGGAACUGAAUCUGACAUUACCUUCUGUCCAACAUCAUCUUCACUCAAACACUCACACUGUUCCCAUGACAACGAUGUGGGAUUAAUAUGUCACACAGAGGCGCGGCUGGUGAACGGACCGGACUCCUGUUCUGGUCGAGUGGAGCUCCAGUACCUCGGUGAGUGGGGCACAGUUUGUGCUGUAGGCUGGGAUAUGAGAGCUGCAGAUGUUCUGUGUGCACAGCUGGAUUGUGGGAGUGCUGUGGCUGUGGUGGAGGUGGACUGGUUUGGGGAGGGGAGUGGCCACAUCUGGGCUGAUGUGUUUGAUUGUCAGGGGAAGGAGACACACCUAUCACGAUGUGGUGUCUCAUCAUGGAGUCGAGCUGCAUGCUCUCAUAAACACGACGCUGGAGUCAUCUGUAAUGGUGUCAGGUUGGUUGGUUCUGGGGGAGACUGUGCAGGAAGGCUGGAGGUUUUCCACAGCGGCUCGUGGGGGACAGUGUGUGAUGACUCGUGGGAUAUUGAGGAUGCCCAGGUGGUGUGCAGACAGCUGCAGUGUGGAGUGGCCCUCAGUACCCACAUACCAGCCUGGUUUGGUCCUGGAACUGGGUCCAUAUGGCUGAAUGAGGUGGAGUGUGAGGGGAACGAGACGUCCCUGUGGAACUGCAGAUUUCAGCUGUGUGAAGAGGGUGAAUGUGGACACCAUGAGGACGUAGGAGUCGUCUGCUCAGGUACAGUGCUGAGUGGAGGAAAGGGAAGCUGCUCUGGGAGGUUGGAGGUGUAUCAUAACUCUACGUGGGGCUCCGUUUGUGAUGAUCAGUGGAACAUCAGGAACGCUCAGGUGGUGUGCAGACAGCUGGGCUGUGGGUCGGCUGUAAAUGUACGGUAUGUUGCUCACUUUGGAAACGGAUCUGGACCAAUCUGGCUGGAUGAAGUGGACUGUAAUGGGUCAGAGUCGACACUGAAGGACUGUGGGUCAGCAGAGUGGGGGGAAACUGACUGUGAUCAUGAUGAAGAUGCUGGAGUCACCUGCUCUGACAGUGUGAGGUUGGUGAAUGGUGGAAGUCGCUGUGCUGGGAGAGUGGAGGUUCUUCAUGAUGGACAGUGGGGAACAGUGUGUAGUUCUGCCUGGGAUAUGAAAGAUGCUGCAGUGCUGUGUAGAGAGCUGCGCUGUGGGGAGGCUGUAGAGAUUAGAUAUCAGGCUGAUUUUGGACGAGGAUCAGGAGAAAUCUGGAUACGUGAUGUGUACUGUAGAGGAUCUGAGUUGACGCUGAACAAUUGUAGCUCACAAGGGAAGCAUGACUGUGAUCAUGGUGAUGAUGCUGGAGUCACCUGUUCAGGACAUAUAAAGCCGAGACUCACUGCUGGUCCUCACCGGUGCUCUGGGAGAGUGGAGGUGUUUCAUGGAGGUUCCUGGUCCACAGUGUGUGAUGCUGACUUUGACCAGCAGGAUGCAGAGGUUGUGUGUCGAGAGCUGGACUGUGGGAUUCCUGUGAAGGUUCUGGGAUCAGCUGCUUUUGGACGAGGGGAGGGUCAGGUGUGGACAGAGGAGCUUCAGUGUAGAGGAACUGAAUCUGACAUUACCUUCUGUCCAACAUCAUCUUCACUCAAACACUCACACUGUUCCCAUGACAACGAUGUGGGAUUAAUAUGUUCUGGUCACACAGAGGCGCGGCUGGUGAACGGACCGGACUCCUGUUCUGGUCGAGUGGAGCUCCAGUACCUCGGUGAGUGGGGCACAGUUUGUGCUGUAGGCUGGGAUAUGAGAGCUGCAGAUGUUCUGUGUGCACAGCUGGAUUGUGGGAGUGCUGUGGCUGUGGUGGAGGUGGACUGGUUUGGGGAGGGGAGUGGCCACAUCUGGGCUGAUGUGUUUGAUUGUCAGGGGAAGGAGACACACCUAUCACGAUGUGGUGUCUCAUCAUGGAGUCGAGCUGCAUGCUCUCAUAAACACGACGCUGGAGUCAUCUGUAAUGGAUCAUCCAUGGUGUUUCAUGAGGGGCGAGUGCGGUUGUCUGGAGGGAGAGAGUGUCAGGGGGAGGUGGAGAUUUAUUUCAGGCAGCACUGGAGGAGAGUUCUCCUGGACUCGUGGAGUCUGUCUGAGGCGUCUGUGCUCUGCAGACAGCUGGGCUGUGGCUCUGUGCUGAACUACCGCUCCUCUCCAUCCACCACUGAACACAAACACAUGUGUGUAACGGGUUUCAGCUGCUCUGGGAGUGAAGAUCAUCUGGGGAACUGCAGCAGGCCACAAGCUGAACCUGUCAACUGCAGCUCUGGGGAACAGCUCUACAUCACCUGCUCAGAGUUUAAAGAGAUCCGACUCUCAGAGGGCUGUGAGGGGAAUCUGGAAGUGUUCUACAAUGGAACCUGGGGUAAUGUGUGUUACAAUCAGAUGGAUGAUGAGACGGUAAACAUGGUGUGUCGAGAGCUGAACUGUGGAAGACGAGGCAGUCUGUCAAACACUGAAGCACGAGUAAAAUCUGCUCCUAAUUGGCUGGAUGAACUGAAAUGUAGGAAACACGACUCUAAUCUGUGGCAGUGUCCAUCUUCACCCUGGGGACAGAACAGAUGUGAUAAUCGUGAUGAAGUGGCUCGUAUUACCUGCACAGGUGGGUGGAUUCAGACUUUUCUGGUUCUGUACAUUGAGUGCUCUUCACUUCCCUCUCAGAAACACUGCUCAAAGCACUGGUCUCUCAGGCUGAGUGGAGGAAAGGGAAGCUGCUCUGGGAGGUUGGAGGUGUAUCAUAACUCUACGUGGGGCUCCGUUUGUGAUGAUCGGUGGAACAUCAGGAACGCUCAGGUGGUGUGCAGACAGCUGGGCUGUGGGUCGGCGCUGAGUGCUGAUAGGAAUGUUUGGUUGGGUUCUGGUGAAGGGACUAUCUGGAUGAACAGAGUGAAGUGUCGAGGGGAUGAGAUUCACCUGUGGGACUGUCAUCAUUCCCUGAAGAACCACACUGACUGCUCUCAUGCUGGAGUCACCUGUGCAGGUCAGAGGGGUGUGCUAACUUUUCAGCUUUCUGUCUCAGUGAUAAGACUUGAUAACUUUUAUUUAGAAUCUUAGAUGUUUGAUUGAAAGCUCAGACCCUAAACUGUAAAACACUGAUCAGCAUGUCAUAAACCUUA